GAGAGCUGGCUUUUUUACCUCCAACUACCUGUUUAACACAAAUGAAAUUCUCAUAUCUGCAAUUACCUCUAUUUAGGUUACUAUCAAGUAGAAUGACUAGGAGUGCAUUCCGUACUGCUGCUGCUGCUGCUGCCUAUCGGGUCAUGGGGCCACAUCUCAUCUUUGAUGGGGGAUAGUCUUACACAAUGGAGGUCAGCCAUAGGGUGUUUCAACCAACUAUCUAGUACUAAAACUAGUAUGGGUAAAGGUGGUACAAAUACAAACCCAACUAAACAAUCCUCUAUUCUGAUCUAUAUUCUUAAGAUACUCGCAGUAAAUGCUCUACUGGUUUACAUGCCUCAUGCUUAUCUGAACUUCCUGUAUUUGAUUCUCUGUAUGUGCCUCCUAAUGUCUUGUGUAGUCAUUAAUAUACUGCUAUUGUUCAUGAUUAUUCCUUACUGUAUAGCACUCAGACUGUACGAGCUGAACAAAAGCACUGUCAAUCCAAGACUUCUUUUGAGCAUAUUAGCUGUUUGCAGCAUUUCACUUCUAUUUCCAGGCCUGAGUGUCAGCUUCUUCCUACCAGACAUUAACGAACUUCAGCUACUACUCUCAAAUGAUGUUCAUCCUAAUCCGGGCCCAGAUGGUACCACCAAAGG